AUAAUAAAUUUAUAUAUCUCUAUAUAUCCUAUUGAUUGGUUUCUCUGAAGAACCAUAAGACACCAUCAUUCUGCAAAUAUCCUUGAGGCCUGCCAAUUGUGGCUUCAGAGUUUAAGAAAACAUGGUUCCCUCUUGAAUUACAGGCAAGUAAACGAGAUUACAAAACAUUGACAAAGGCUUGGAUCAUGCUGUUGGACCUUUGCUUGAGCCGUUCACCCUCCGUUGUCACCUCUGUGAAGCUGACCCCAGGCCUAACCAAAUGUUCCUUUUAUGCUGUUCUGGGGACAUUUUCUGCAUGUCACUUAACCACAUAGUAUCACACCUAGUUGGUUGGUUCUGCAUUUUCCUUCCCCACUAGACCGCAAACUCUCAGCUGUUGUUGGUACUACUGAGCUUAUCUACAGGGCCUCAAAAGGAGCCGGAGUACAGGGCUAAGCGCUCAGUAUACAGGGUACGAACCAAUCAAUGCAAGAAUGAACGUGCCACCGGGUCUUGCAGGCUUGCAAAGUGCUUCUCCAAGCUGAUUUUACUUUCCGUGCCCGGGCAGCUCCCGUGAAUUUCCGGGGGGAGCCGUGGGGAGCCAAUGGAAGGAGAAUGAGAAAUGCAGUCCCACUGCAGUCGGGUUGCCCACGUUCGGCGAGAGGCAAGGGAUCAGACAACUUCUGCACCUCCCGGAAGCGGCUGCGCCGGCCCCGCCCCUCCGGAGGCAGGCGUGGCCUCAUGAAUAAUGAAUCACGCGGGGGAGGGGCCGGGCCCGCCCCUCCGGGCGGGAAGGGGGAAGCGCCGAGGCUGCCUGACUGGAAUGAGGGUAGCUGCGGCGGCUGGAGCGGGGCCGGCCAUGGCGGUGUGGACGCGGGCCACCAAAGCGGGGCUGGUGGAGCUGCUCCUGAGGGAGCGCUGGGUCCGAGUGGUGGCCGAGCUGAGCGGGGAGAGCCUGAGCCUGACGGGCGACGCCGCCGCGGCCGAGCUGGAGCCCGCUCUGGGACCCGCGGCAGCCGCCUUCAACGGCCUCCCGAACGGCGGCGGCGCGGGCGACUCGCUGCCCGGGAGCCCAAGCCGCGGCCUGGGGCCCCCAAGCCCGCCGGCGCCACUUCGGAGCCCCGCGGGUGAGGCGGGCGCGUCGCCUCCCGUGCGCCGGGUGCGGGUGGUGAAGCAGGAGGCGGGCGGCCUGGGCAUCAGCAUCAAGGGCGGCCGCGAGAACCGGAUGCCGAUCCUCAUCUCCAAGAUCUUCCCGGGGCUGGCCGCCGACCAGAGCCGGGCGCUGCGGCUGGGCGACGCCAUCCUGUCGGUGAAUGGCACCGACCUGCGCCAGGCCACCCACGACCAGGCCGUGCAGGCGUUGAAGCGCGCGGGCAAGGAGGUGCUGCUGGAGGUCAAGUUCAUCCGAGAAGUAACACCAUAUAUCAAGAAGCCAUCAUUAGUAUCAGAUCUGCCGUGGGAAGGUGCAGCCCCCCAGUCACCAAGCUUUAGUGGCAGUGAGGACUCUGGUUCGCCAAAACACCAGAACAGCACCAAAGACAGGAAGAUCAUCCCUCUCAAAAUGUGCUUUGCUGCUAGAAACCUAAGCAUGCCGGAUCUGGAAAACAGAUUGAUAGAGCUACAUUCUCCUGAUAGCAGGAACACGUUGAUCCUACGCUGCAAAGAUACAGCCACAGCACACUCCUGGUUCGUAGCUAUCCACACCAACAUAAUGGCUCUCCUCCCACAGGUGUUGGCUGAACUCAACGCCAUGCUUGGGGCAACCAGUACAGCAGGAGGCAGUAAAGAGGUCAAGCAUAUUGCCUGGCUGGCAGAACAGGCAAAACUAGAUGGUGGAAGACAGCAAUGGAGACCUGUCCUCAUGGCUGUGACUGAGAAGGAUUUGCUGCUCUAUGACUGUAUGCCAUGGACAAGAGAUGCCUGGGCAUCACCAUGCCACAGCUACCCACUUGUUGCCACAAGGUUGGUUCAUUCUGGCUCUGGAUGUCGAUCCCCCUCCCUUGGAUCUGACCUUACAUUUGCUACCAGGACAGGCUCUCGACAGGGCAUUGAGAUGCAUCUCUUCAGGGUGGAGACACAUCGGGAUCUGUCAUCCUGGACCAGGAUACUUGUUCAGGGUUGCCAUGCUGCUGCUGAGCUGAUCAAGGAAGUCUCUCUAGGCUGCAUGUUAAAUGGCCAAGAGGUGAGGCUUACUAUUCACUAUGAAAAUGGGUUCACCAUCUCCAGGGAAAAUGGAGGCUCCAGCAGCAUAUUAUACCGCUACCCCUUUGAAAGGCUGAAGAUGUCUGCGGAUGAUGGCAUCCGAAAUCUAUACUUGGAUUUUGGUGGUCCCGAGGGAGAACUGACCAUGGACCUGCACUCUUGUCCGAAGCCAAUUGUAUUUGUGUUGCACACAUUCUUAUCGGCCAAAGUCACUCGUAUGGGACUGCUUGUAUGAGCAACAAAAAAUCAGAAAAGAGCCUUGACUGUCACAAGAAAUAUUUCCACCUCAAACAAACAAACAAAAAAAAAGCACAAAAAGAAAACUCUUUGCUCUCUCCUUCAGCACAGUGCCUUCCCAAGGACCUGCAAAUCACUGCUGAACCAUAACCGUGUUUAAAGAAGAGCCUGCCUUUCACAGUCUACCUUGGCCAGAUAUUCUAGGACUCUAAAAGGCUCCAAAAUGAAGCUGUUGAUUUAUUUUCGUCUCAUAAUAUGGUUUAUGAGUAAUUAGGUUUGUUUCUCCUGCUAAAAAGAAUGGCUCAUUCUUUUCCUUUUUAGACAUAAUCAAAUACCCAAGCAUUGUUUUCUUUUUCUUCUCCCUGUAGGAUUUGUGUUAUGCUUAGCCUUGAUCUCUUGUUCAGAACAAUUGUCCCUUCCCGGGUGCUAGCUUGCAGCAGCCUGUUGCUUCGUGAGCAUUCCAGAUAGGUUGUAUGUCUUAGAAUUUACUGUCCUCAGUAGCUCCUUCCACCAUAGGAAGUCCUUGAGUUGUAUCACCAAAGGGUUGUUCCAUUUGCCCUGGCUCUCUCUCUAUCUCAGUCUGGCCAUCACUUCCCACCUUAUCCCAAGCUUUGCCACUCUUAAGUGCUGUCUCUAGGACUUAGGACUUGCAAAUUUGAUUUGCCUUGCCUUCCACUUCCUUUCUAGUGGUGACUGAGUUGAAAAGCAAGUUGGAAGCCACUCUGCUUUGAAAGAAAAGUUUUGCUUGGUUUAGGUUUUUCCAUUUUAUUUUUGGUGGUAGCCAGGGGAUAUUGUGAGAUUUAUUUUAAAUGAAAAUCCUCUUCCUAGGUUAAGCCAUUUUUUUAAUUGCUUACCAAAUGUGCCUUUGGUUAGGGUUAGUGGAGCUUUAUUAGUCACUAUUUGAAUAACUGGAAAUCACUGCCAUUUCAAGGAGAUCACCUAUCCUAGUUUUGAGGAAUAGUCUUUGAGGUGGGUUUCCUUAAUGGCAUCUCUUCUAGUAGGCAGAUCUCUUUGAGCAAGAUAAAUCCUGAAGAGCCAGCCUGCUUGCGGAGUAGACUUGGUGGGUGAAGCCAGCUCUUCCGCACAAGCGUCAUGUCGAGUUGUUUUGGGGCUGCCCAAAAACAACGGGAUGCAGCAUCCCGGCCGUGGCCUGGCCCUUUGUGGCAGCAGUGGCAUGGACAAGGAACUGCUAAUUGAAGACUUAGUGUUGGCUUCACAGCACACCCUACAGGGGGCAGGGUGAUGAGACUGUGGAACAGCUGCCUGCUUUUGGUUAAGCAUUGCCAGAUGUCAUCAUUAGGACACAGUAGCAGCAAGAAUACUGAUGUUGUAGUGUUAGAAAAUCACACUCAGCUUGUUUUUCCUAAUUUUGAAGGAGGUAUAUAUCUGCAAACAUUUAAAAUGGUAUAAUAUCAAUAUAAAACGUCAAAAUUAGCAUAGUCCCUGGAUCUCAAAGAAUAGGUAAUAUUGACUUGGAUGUUCUUUAUGCUCUCUGAAGAAAGGUCUAGGGAAAGUUCUUGUUUGCUUGAUCGAUCAAGAGUGCCAUAGAAGAAUGUGAGUGCUGUGGUGGGUGGAGGAGGAUGUCACUUCAGAUGGGGCAGGCACAGGGGGAGAAAAGAAGAGAAAAAUACACCUGUGUGUGCAAAAUGAGCUAUUUGGUUUCAGUGCAGCCUGACCGGUGGGAGGACCCACGAGCAGAGCGAGUUCUAGGUCAACAUUGUAACUCCAUUGUCCUCCUUCACCCGGAAGUCAGCCCCACUUCCUCAUUACAGUGAAACCAACAGUAUGCAGAGGUUGGGAAGACAUGCCUGUUCUUCCCCCAGCUUCAUGUAAUUGGCAAAGUUCCAAAAAUGAAUUAUCUGAACGGCUUAAAACUGGAAAUUAAAAUCUAGACAAGAAUAUGUCUUUCAAAAGCUCUUUAUAUUUUGAAAAUUCAUAAACCUAAGAUUGGCUCCAUCUCAGAUAAAUUUUCUUUUCUUUCUUUUUUUUUUUGAGAUGGAGUCUCGUUCUGUCUCCCAGGCUGGAGUGCAGUGGCAUGAUCUCAGCUCACUGCAACCUCUACCUCCUAGGUUCAAGUGAUUCUCCUGAGUAGCUGGGAUUAUAGCCGCCCACCACCACACCCGGCUAAUUUUUGUAUUUUUAGUAGAGGCAGGGUUUUACCAUGUUGGCUAGGCUGGUCUUGAACUCCCAACCUCAAGUGAUCCGCCUGCCUUGGCCUCCCAAAGUGCUGGGACUAUAGGUGUGAGCCACUGUACCUGGCCCACAAUAAAUUUUCAUUUCAGGGAAGGAAAAAAAUCUCUUGAAGGUCCAGAAAUGAUUUCUGGAAUCAGAAUUUCAAUAUGUAAUACCCUCAGGUAGGCAAUCUUAAAUCCUCUAUGCAGUGAGAGCAUUAUUAAUAUGAGAUGUUGAAUGAUGCCUUUACAGACUUCAGCAGCAAAGCCAUUUGGUUGAGGUUUUCUGUGUUAAUGUGAAAGGCUAAGCCACUGAGAUUUGCAGGGGAGCUUCUGAGCCACCCUGCUCAUUGGUUAUAUGAAGAUGUAAAAUAGGUGGAAUUAAAGUGUGAGCAGGAAAGGCAAGGCAUGUGCAUUUUCACUCAGUUUGGUCAAGGUUAAACUGACAUGUAUAGCACUGAGGUCUGUAGGGUUCUUAAUAAUAUCUUUUGAGUCUUGGUGUGAAAUGAAAGAAUGGGAGGUUUCCUUUGUCCAUUAGCAGCCCCAAGAACCAGAGCCCUUUUGCUGCUUGUCUUACAUACUUAAGAGCUCUCCAAUCAUGAUGACCAAGGUUGUUCUUCAAUCAAAUGUGUUUGUGGGAUUUUCAAUCCACAAAUGAAGUGCUCUCUAAUGAAUGAGACACCAUGAUAAAUAUGUAUUUAUAUUUAGAUGCCAAAGUAUGGCAAAUUAUUUCCAAAUGAUAACUAAAAAUGGGCAUUUUCAAUAUUCUACCUUUUUUAUAGAACCAGCUCACUUUUCAUUUCUUUUUCAUUUUGAAUUAAGAAAAUUGUUGAGGAUGUGGUAGGUUCCAGUGUGUGAAAUGGAAAGGAAACUGCAGAAUAGUGUCCGCUCCCCAUUCAGAGGGACUGCUUCCUGUGCCCCCAGACCCGAGGCUUCGACAGCUUCUCCACAUUCCACACAGAUGCCUAGGAGCAGCCAGCUGGUAUAUGAAAAGGCUCCCACCUUUUCUUCUAAAACUUCUCUCCUUUCUCUCCAUAAAAAGAAAAGGAAAGGAAUAAAAGAAAAACAUUCAGUUUUUCUUUUUCUGAAAAAGGUAAGUCCUUUCCUGAAGUCAUCAAAUGAAACAUUAUCUGGAAAUUAGUAUCUAAUGUCUUAUAUGAAGAAAUACUUAAAUGUAUGUUCAUAUAGUAUUUAUUAGAUAGUUGUAACUGUAAACUCACCUUCCUAGUAGAUAAGAGUUUCAGGUUAAAUACUGGAACAUAUAUAGGCAGUGAAAAAUACUACUUUAAAUGUCAUUCACCUAUUUUAAACCCAUUUUAGCACAUUUUAGGCCAAAGAAGGUCUGAUAGUGCCUGUUUUUAUGUUCUCUACUCUCACAAACUUUGUUACUGAAAAUUAUUGCAUGGCAGGAGAGAUUGGAUUAUUUAUUUCUUAUAUUUUUAUAAGAAAAAAAAUCUUUCUAAACAACAAAUACCUAACAUUAUUACUGAUUGUUUUCCUAAUUUAUCCUCCUAAGUUGAAUGGUAACAAAGCUUUUCCAGCUGAAUGAAUGCACUUAGCUGAUAAAACAGAAUUUGUUCUUUUUUUAUCCUCCUCCUUUUUUUUGUGAGACAGGUUCUCACUCUGUCACCCAGGCUGGAGUGCAGUGGUAUGAUCAUAGCUGACUGCAGCCUCAACCUUCUGGGCUCAAAUGAUCCUUUCGCCUCAGCCUCCUGAGUAGCUGGGACCACAGGUGUGUGCCACCACACCUGGCUAAUUUUUAUGGUUUUUUUUGUUUUAUUUGUUUUGGUUUUUGUAGAGACAGGUUUUCGCCAUGUUGCCCAGGCUGAUCUUGAACACUUGUGCUCAAGCAAUCCUCCUGCCUCGGCCUCCCAAAGUGCUGGGAUUACAGAUGUGAGCCACUGCACCUGGGCCCAGAAAUUACACAUUAAAAGAAAAUUUAAGCUGUGUGGAAUCUGGACAAGGCUAUGUUUCUCCUAGAAACAGGUUUUGCUGUAAGUGGUUUUGAUGGACAAAAGUAUGAGAAAAGGUUAUAAUAGAUUUUUUUAAAAUUGUGUGAGAAACUCCAGGUCUUCUUGCUUAACUUAUAUGCAUGUGAAUAUAUUUGUUUUCAAAGCCGUGGAAGAAUCUCUGUUCAUAUAUUUUAAUGCAAAUUACCUUGUGUGCUGCUAUGCAAAUUCUAUUAAAAGCCCUACCUGCUUAAGAGUUAAACAUUUUUGAAACUUUCAGGGAAGACCUGUAGACUCAAGCACUUUCUCUGCUCUUUUGUAUCUUAUCUUGGACACUUAUGCUGAAUUAUGUUAUUAUUUUCACUGGUUAUAAGCUAUUCCUUGUACAUAAUAUUUAAACUAUCCAAAUAUCCAGCAUACAUUUCCACGUGGCUGCCAGAGGCUGUUGAUGCCAUGAAUGAAAUGGCUGGUUAGAAAAGCCAAAGGUCGUCUUCUUUCAAUCCCUAAUGAAUAAGUAAAAUGCCAGAUCUCUUUGGUCUCAAAGCAAAUUGCUCUGAUCGGAUCAAAUAUCUAUGUAAUGAAAAGAGACUUAUUUAAAUUUGGGAUUCUGCUUAAACUUUAAGUUGAAUUUGACUGUAGUCAUAUUCAUUCUUUUUGUAUAUCUCUGUCAGGUAUGACAUUAAGUACCAGGUGGUAUUAUACUCUACUUUGAGUUUGGAAAUCACUUUCAGUUAAAUUUCCGUUGUUAUUUUGGCUUUUUUUUUUUUUCUUUUUUUAACACCACUGCGGAUGAAAGUAGAGCAGUCUGCCGUCUCCUACUGCUCUUUCUCCUACUACUCUUUCUCUGUGCCCUUAUUUUAAUUGCUUGGUAAUCUAAAAUUAUUCUGACUUUCCACAUACUGUCUUUAAAAACCUAUUGUAGCCAUCUGCCCCCCUCCACCCUUUAAGCUAAAUCUUUCACUGUGCUGGAUACAUAGACACUCAAUAAAUGUGUGAUGAUAGUUCUAAAAUAAUUCUAUAUAUCAGGGUUAUGUAUUUUUGAGCAAUAUAAUUAUUCCUAUGCUGUGAUGUUAAAUGGAAUUUAUUUUACACUAGUAAUAGACUGCUUAAGUGGCUGAGUUGAAACCCUUUCUCUAAAAAAACAAAAACAUCUGGCAGAUGAGUGACACAAAUUCAUUCUCUUAAAGGAUAGAAUUUCAAGUUAAGGGUAAGGUACAAUAAAUAGGCACAUAUAGCACAUCUGGGGUUUUUUUUUUUUUUGUCUGUCUUUGACUAGCUAAACUGCCAGCUAGAAGAAUGGUUGUUACGUAGUAACUCAGAAGAAUCUUUUAAUAAGUUUCCUCUUUUGUUUCAAAACAUAAACUUGAGCUUCAUUUCUUGCCACCUCUAUUCUUUCUUCCCACAUUGGGCAACUGAACUGAAGCUUAUUCUAGUUUUAGAAGAGGAUCCACAUUUAAUGUGUAAUGCAUAAAUAUGCCUUUUGCAAAUUAUUGCUUGUUCUCCAGUGAACAUUUGAUCAUAUUCAACAGAAAUCCACCAUAUAAGCCAUAAUCCUUGAAUUGCCCCUUUUAAAAUAGAUUGGUUAAAACCAAAAACCUAUAACAAAGAAGUAAUACUUCAUUGUAUUGUAGGUUUGGGAAUCCUGGUUAGAUGUAUAAUUUCUGGCCGGGUGCGGUGGCUCAUGCCUAUAAUCCCAGUACUUUGGGAGCCCAAGGGCGGUGGAUCACCUGAGGUCAGGAGUUUGAGACCAGCCUGGCCAACAUAGUGAAACCCCAUCACUACUAAAAAUACAAAAAGUUAGCUGGGCGAGGUGACGCGUGCCUGUAGUCCUAGCUACUCGGGAGGCUGAGGUGGGACAAUUGCUUGAACCCGGGAGGCAGAAGUUGCAGUGAGCUGAGAUCGUGUCAUUGCACUCCAGCCUGGGCAACAGAGCAAGACUUCAUCUCCAAAAAAAGAAAAAGAUUUAUAAUUUCUGAGUCCUCUAAGUACCUUUCUCAGUUUUGCAAUAAUCUUAUAUCCAUGCUAUUGACACUGAUUUUGAAACUGGAAAGCUAAUUAAUGACAUAUUAAUUCAUGUGUUCUUUUAACUAAUAAACAGGUAUUAAUGUAUAGUUCUACAUCAGGCAUUCUGAAGGGUCCAGAAGGAAGUUCUGCCCUCAAGUAGCACAUAAUCCAUUAUUUCUCAGUCACACCAUGCCAUCUGUUUAUCAUUCAGCAGUUAAGUAAUUCAUCACUUCAUAUUUUUACCAGAGUAUAUUACAAGUCUGUUAAUCUGGAUCUGGCAAACUGGAAAAUGUUUGAAGGGAUACUCAGGCUUUGAUCCAUGCCAACAUGAAAGGACUCCAAGCACAUUUAAGUGGGCUGGUCUUUUCAUCAUGCAUGAUUUUUUUUUUUAAUGCAAAAUCAGACUUUAGUUUGGGAAAGAGAACAGUAUACAGUAUCCUUUGUAAGAUAAAUCACAACAACAAAAAUUUUAUUGCCCGAAGUAGAUAAAUGAGAAAGUCUUUAAAAAAAAAAAUGCUGCUUUAACUAUAACAGCAAAACUAAAUGCAUAUUUUAUCAACCCCUUAUUUCUAAAUGUUGCUGUAUUCAUUUCCACACUUAAACUAUUUAAGCAUUUCAUUUGCUGAAAGUCCUUCUAUACAUGGUAGACGGAGUAUUUCUCCAUUAAUGAUAGAUCAAAAUGAAGAUAUUUUAAAAAAUAACAAAAUCAGGCCAAGGCAGGAGGAUCACUUUAGCCCAGGAGGUCCAGACCAGCCUGGGCAACACAGCGGGACCCCCGACUCCGUCUAAAAAAUUAAAAAAAAAAAAAAUUGUUUAACAUUUAAAAAAUAAAUACAAAUUAACAACAUUUCACUUGUUCCAGGACACGCUGGCAUUCGGACUCAGUGAAAAGGGCACUUAAAGAAAAUAAGACUGACUGAAUGAAUGUUUUCCAUAAUUUUCACACAAUAACAGUCCCUUUCUAUCCGGCUUGCCUUCCGUUUAUCUCUAGCGUUAGCCUUUCAGGCAACAUCCUUAGUCAUGCCCAGAAAGUACCUGAGCCAUCAGUGAUUGGAAUGGCAUAGGGAACCGAAUUACAUGGGUGCCCUCCCCUUGGUUUUCAAGUAUCCUGGAGUUGUGCACAAAAAUUAGGCCAUGCCUUCAGUGUCUUGUUCUUUACUUUAAACCUACCCUUUGACAAUCAGGUGCUAAUGAUUGUAUGUUAUUAAAACCAGCACAUAGGUAUUGUAAAUGCGUGUUCCUCCUAGGUUGGAAGAAAUGCUUUUCAUUCUCUCUGGGUCCUGUUAAAGCGGGUGUCAGUUGUGUCUUUUCACCUCGAUUUGUGAAUUAAUAGAAUUGGGGGGAGAGGAAAUGAUGAUGUAAAUUACGUUUCAGGUUUGGCACAGUCAUCAUUCUCGAUGAUAUUCUCACUUUGUAGCAAAUCUGUCCUUAUCGUAAGAACAGGUUUGAGAAUUUUCCCUCCACUAUACGACUCCAGUAUUAUAUUUACAAUCCAUUGGAGGAGUGCAGCAUUAUAAGACCUUGGUGCCCAAAAAAAAUCUGUGUCCUUUUUGGUACCAAACCUGAGGUCUUUUGGAAGAUAAUGUAGAAAACCACUACCUAUUGAAGGCCUGUUUUGGCUAAUCUGCAAACUCUGAUGAAACCUGCUUAUGUGGAUUCUUUCCCACACUGCUUUCAUGUUUAAGUAUAAAGACUUAGAAAACUAGAAUAAUGCUUUUACAAAUAAUUAAAAAGUAUGUGAUGUUCUGGGUUUUUUCCUUCUUUUUAGAACCCUGUAUUUAAACAAGACUUCUUUUUAAGUCUUGUUUGAAAUUUAAGUCUCAGAUCUUCUGGAUACCAAAUCAAAAACCCAAGGCAUAAAACAGGGCAGCAUUUGUGUUCCUAAUUUGAAAAAGCUUUAUGUAUACUCUAUAAAUAUAGAUGCAUAAACACUUCCCCUUGAGUAGCACAUCAACAUACAGCAUUGUACAUUACAAUGAAAAUAUGUAACUUAAGGGUAUUAUAUAUAUAAAUAUAUACCUUUGUAACCUUUAUACUGUAAAUAAAAAAGUUGCUUUAGUCA